UGAACAAUGGCAUGCUGUGUUAAACGCAUUCGGUGUAAUUUAAUGGAAUCACUCAAAUCUGGUCACUGUGAAAUAUUUGGAGGGUAUAUAUUUUAAAUCACGGCCGAUACUUCUAAAUCGAGCAUAAGCUGGAAAUGGGACGUUUUCCAGCUUUAGUCUUGUUAAUUUCAGUCAUCGGCACUUCUUGUGGAAAUUUUCCAAGAAUCAAGGAUGAUUCGCUGAAUGAGAUAUUGACUGUCGAGUCUAAUUUUCAAAACGACGCUACUUUGAAUCAUGACAGAUUUGCCCGUCACGCGGAGAUAGAAAAGGCGGUGACGGAAUCAGUAAUCAGACACCUCAUGAAAGAACUCCAUCGACGCUAUCCCGAGGCAAAGAGACAACCCAAAUCCUUAAAUAAGGUCAUCAAAAACCUAAAGGAAAAACUAAGGAACCAUACUCCAGCUAAAUCUCAAGGCACACAACCUGAAAAAAGUAAUGGAUUCAAAGGAAGAAAAGAGAAAAAAGGAAGAAAUACAAAAAGGUUACGUAAAUUGAACACAAAUAAACAAGUAAAAAGUGUGUUCAAUAAGGUUAAUAAGAAUAUAUGAUUUUAGAAAGUAAACAAAAAAAAUAGUACGUCAUUAAAAUUAUGAAAGGAAACAGGAGUUUUACAUGAAUUUUUAUUCAUUGUUUUUUAUUACCUAACUAAUUUAUGAACCUAAAGUCCUUGCCCCUCAUUGAGAUUACAAUAUACAUACUCGUAGUACAGUUAGCAAUAAAAAUCCUACAAAGACUGUACAAGUUUAGAUGGAAGAGAUCCCUUUUAGGGAUUAGCUCGCCUUUGUAUCUCUAUUCCUACAAAUUGUAUAUAUAUGAACUUGUACACAAUAAAGUGAUUACUAUUACUACUACUACUACUACUACUACUACUACUACUACUACUACUGUACAAAGAUUAUUUACUAGCAUUACAGAUCUACCCGUACCAAACGGUGACAAUGAAGUAAUUACUUUACUGGAAUAAAGGUGUCAAACAAUUGGUCGUUUACCUUAAAGGACUAUUAUAUCGGAUGAAUCCUCGUAGCAACUGAUAUUAGAAGAAAUCUAUUACCUAAUAGCUUAUAUCAAUAGCGAGGUUGCUAACCUUAGGCCGAAUUCACGAUUGCAUUUCGAUUCAAUAAUUACAAAGUGCGAGGAAAAGUGUGGGCAACCAUUAUUUAUUUACACUGUAGUGUAGGCGUGACGUAUCUUGUUUAGCAUUGUAAAGGCCCGACUCAAAUUAGCCAUAAUUAAUAUCUGUGUUCUAUAGUUUUUCCGAACUUAUGUGCGAAAUGUCAUUUGAUAUUUGCUAGUCGCUUUUCGGUGAAAGAAAACAUCGUGACGAAACCGGACUAAUUCCAAUAAGGUCUAGUUACCCUUCGGGUUGGAAGGUCAGAUCACUUGAAACCACAGUACAGAUAUACAGUAAUGUUAAAAUACGUAUUAAGUGACUUAACAAUAAAAUUUGAGUUUGCAUUGAC